UGUGCGUCUUCUUCACUGCCACAUUCCCCGCCUGAGCCCUAAACUGAAACGAACUGGCCCUAGAUUUUUAUUCGUGCUCAAUUAGGGCGAAAAUACGUUCAUCGUAUUUAUAGGCUAAACACAUUCGUGUAAUUGAUAAGAUUUCUUCCUGAAGUAAGAAAAGUCAGCCGAGCAAAUACAUUUUAACAUUGGGCCUUACCGCUGGUUGUCCCACGUGCUUUCACGAACCAAUCCCACUCGGCUCCAUCACUAUCACCAUGGCAACAGAGGAGAAGAAACCAGAAACUGAGGCCACUAAAACGUCAUCUGCAUCUGCCAGCCAGAGUAAGUCGGCACCAGUCAAGCCCAACUACACCCUGAAAUUCACCUUAGCCGGCCACACAAAAGCAGUUUCGUCUGUCAAGUUCAGUCCCAGUGGAGAGUGGCUCGCCAGUUCAUCUGCUGACAAACUGAUAAAAAUUUGGGGAGCUUACGAUGGAAAGUUUGAGAAAACAAUAUCGGGACACAAACUUGGUAUCUCAGAUGUUGCCUGGUCCUCAGACUCCAACCUCCUGGUUUCAGCAUCUGACGACAAGACUCUAAAGAUCUGGGACGUCAGCUCGGGGAAAUGUUUGAAGACAUUGAAAGGCCACAGCAACUAUGUCUUCUGCUGCAACUUUAAUCCCCAGUCCAAUCUCAUCGUGUCUGGAUCAUUUGACGAGAGUGUGCGGAUAUGGGAUGUUAAAACCGGCAAAUGCUUGAAGACCCUGCCGGCCCACUCUGACCCAGUCUCUGCAGUCCAUUUCAACAGAGAUGGCUCAUUGAUUGUGUCUAGCAGCUACGAUGGCCUCUGCCGAAUCUGGGACACAGCAUCGGGACAAUGUCUGAAAACACUCAUUGAUGAUGACAACCCCCCGGUGUCAUUUGUGAAGUUUUCACCAAACGGCAAAUACAUUCUGGCUGCCACAUUGGACAACACCCUGAAGCUUUGGGACUACAGCAAAGGAAAGUGCUUGAAAACAUACACCGGCCACAAAAAUGAAAAGUACUGCAUAUUUGCAAAUUUUUCUGUCACCGGUGGAAAGUGGAUUGUCUCUGGCUCGGAGGACAACAUGGUGUACAUCUGGAACCUGCAGACCAAGGAGAUCGUACAGAAACUACAGGGUCAUACAGACGUGGUGAUUUCUACUGCCUGCCACCCCACAGAGAACAUCAUUGCGUCUGCGGCGCUAGAAAACGACAAAACCAUCAAACUGUGGAGGAGCGACUGCUAAGCCCCCCGCGUGCUUAUUGUAUUUUCAUUUUAUUGUACUUUUCAUUUGACUGUUUUUAGCUGGACCCGAAUGCCUUGAGGACUGAGCCUCAACUAGAAGAAGAAAAGGAACGCAAGUCCAGAACAUCACCACAACCACACACCUACCCUUCACCCAGAACCAGAGCAAACCCCAACUCAACCACCACAACCCUCUGCUUGGUCUUGCUUGUGCCCUUACAUGCUCUACUAUCUCUGCCUUACUCUUACUGUGAGCUGGAUGUUUGUGAUUCAUCAAUGAGGAAAAUGGUCACAUGGUAUCUUAUGCUUUACUUUCUAUGUGUACGUGUCUUAGUAUUGAUACACGCUUUGUUUUUGCCAGAUUGGAUUGGCCUCAAGUAAGUUCUCCUAUUCACCAUGUAAGGUGUUUUUUCUUCAGACGAACAGGCUGCUUCACUGUUUGGUGUCUGACAUUUCACUUUUAACAACUGUAAGUCUCAUUGAAAUGCAGUAGAAUAGUAGCCUGGUCACAGAUCUGUUUGUGUCAUGCCAAACAUGUUGGUGACAUGAUAGCACAAACAGAUCUGUGACCAGGCUAAUGGAUAAGUGGUAACUCAUAUUUCAAAUACUUGUAAUUAAACAGUCCGUAUGAAGAGGAGUUGUAACAAAGCUUCAUACAGGGGAGAGCUUGAGGUUCAUUUUUGUUUUGUUGUAUUUCUCAUAAAACAAUAUUCAAAGCUCAAAAUGCAUUGAAGGGGUUAAAUAAAUUUUUUGACAAA